AUGUGCAUAAAAGAUGACACAAAAGAAUGGGUGUUUUUUUUUGGUGAAUCAAAUUUAUAUCUUAUCCCUACUACUAUAAGUAUUUUUUGUGCAUUUUUAUUGGGUUAUAUCUUGAAUAAUGUUACACAAACAUCUACAUCAAUGUCAUCAAAGUUCAUUGUUUUGGGCAAUCAUGAUGCUACUGUUCGAUCUAUCAAGCCAGAAGAUGACUCUAAUCUUCCAUAUGUGAUGCCAAAUCCUUUUGCUAAUGGCAGUAUUGUGUUUCGAGAUGUCAAGUUGGAAUUCUGGCCUGAUUCACAACCAUCAUGGAGAGGACUUUCUUUUCAUGUACAGUCGGGAGAAAAAAUAGGGAUUCUGGGCCUUCCUGGAUCUGGAAAAACUGCUAUUAUAGGUGCCCUGUACAAACUAGCAAAUCUUUCACAAGGCUCUGUGUAUAUUGGGGAUGUAGACAUUAAGACUGCUCCAGUAGAUUAUGUGCGUUCCAGUAUUGCUCUUGUCCCCAAAAACCCGCUUAUGUUUUCGGGAACCUUACGCAUAAAUAUAGAUCCCAUGCAUAGAUAUAGUCUUCGAGAACUAUGUGAGAGUUUGGAGAAAGUAGGAAUUUAUCAGAAAAUAGAAGAUUUGCCAAAUCUAUUGGAGACUCAAACAUACUACAUAGAAGAAAGAUUAUCUGUUCAAGAGCGUCAACUUUUGUAUGUUGCUCAGGCUGUUCUGCGAGACCCCAAGAUAUUAAUAUUAGAAGAGCCAAUAGAACCAGUAGGCACAAAGGAUAUGUUCAAAGUUCUAGAUGUUGUGGAACAGCUAUUUCAUUGCACAAUCUUGGUUGUAGCACAUAAUAUGAAAUAUGCUGCAAAAUGUGACAGAAUUAUCAUAGUGAAAGAUGGACAGGUUGCUGAAUUUGACACUCCUGAAAACUUAUUUAGAAAUCCAAAUUCCUGUUUUUCCCAAAUGCUCUCUACAAGUGCUGAAAAUUUGUUGGAGACUGAAGUGUAAUUGCAUUGUAAUUUAUAUCAGAGUUCUUUAAUCAAAUUUUUCUUAAAAAGUUAAAUUCAUUGUUUAAUUAACAAAAACUUGAGAAUUUUACCCAGAAGUAUGAAUGAGUUGAAUUUGCUAUUCAUUUUCAUUGAAUGUUAAUUAUAUACAAAUAUCAGUGUCAGAGUGUGUAUAGUUGAUCUCUCAAUAAACAUGUGAUCUAUAAAAAUGUGAACUUCUGAGUCAACAUUUAAAGGAAAGUUUCAUAUGAUGGGUAUGUUUUGCUUUGUAACAAUUUGCUAAUAAAUUGUUGCUUUCUUUUAUUCCAGUAAUGUUGUAAUAUUUAACUACAUUAUUUUGUAUGUUAACCAUUUUUGCAUCAGCAACAAAAAUAUGAAAAUGAUAAAUUUUUGGAAAUGGUUCGAAAGAUUCAAUAUGUGUGUUAUUAUGUUCAACAUGAUCACAUGAACAUGUGAAUGCCAAGAUAAUAAAAUAAUUGUUUUAAAAACACCUAUUUACUGUUUAGUUGUGUGAAGUCCAUAAAUGAAUUGUUUUAAAAAUAUUUCUUUACUAUUUAAUUGUGCUAGGUCUAGUUUUGGUACCAGUUUUAAUUAAAACAGUUGUGUGUGUAUUAAUUCAUUGAUGAAUAUAGAUUUUUUAUUUGAAUUAUUGUAGGUGGUUUUCUGAUUCUCUUAUUGUGAUAAUCAAUAUUCAAAAAGGUUGUUCAAAGAAAAAAGAAUAAAUAAAAAAAAAAAUUAAGU